UUACCGUUUGCCUUCACUAGUUCAUUUUAAAUGGUCAUGCAUGGUGAUAAAUUGAUUUUUCUAAAAGUGUAAAUAUUCUAUAUAGUCUUAAAAUUAUUAUCAGAUCAUACAUGCAGCAUGCAUAAAAAUUAUAAAAAAUAAUUAAUGCUGUAUAAAAAAGUUUUAGAUGGAAUAUUCCAGGGGUUUCAAACUUUUUGAUGACAAAAAACCCCAAAUGUGAUGAUCCUUUUGCAAGGGACCCCUUCUUGAGAUAUAAAGACCCAUUUAUACUGUGUGAUAAAAUAGUGCAUUUAUGAACUUGUAAAUGCAGAGGACCUCUCACACAACUGAACAUGGGUGUGAAGGGCUUACAAUACUUUAUGGAGGCAUGUUGCCCAGGUACUUGUGUACCGGUUGACCUAAAACAGAUGGCAGAGAAUCACGUCAAAGACCAUCCUGACAGUAACGCUACAGUUGUAGUGGAUGGAAUGGCCUGUUUAAGAUACUGGUAUCGCUGUCAAGCUUGGGUACAUGGAGGUCAAUGGCAAGAGUAUAUGCACAUCCUUCAGGAAUUCAUCAAUGCGUUUACGGCUGCAGGCAUACGAUUGGUCUUUUUCUUUGACGGAACAGUUGAGGAACAAAAGCGUGCCGAGUGGGUGAAGAGGCGUCUGAGAGUCAACCAAGACAUCGCGAGAAUUUUUCAGCACAUUAAGGCUCACAAUCAACAGCCGAAUAGCAGAGACCUUUUCUGUCUACCCUCUGGAAUCGCAACCUUCUCCAGAUUUGCCCUCAAAACUCUUGGCCAAGAAACAUGGUGCUCUGUGCGUGAAGGAGAUUAUGAGAUUGCUGACUAUUCCCUCUCUCACAACUGCAUGGGCAUCUUGGGUCAAGACACAGACUUUGUCAUAUACAACACAGUCCCUUACCUUUCCAUCAGUAAACUCAAUUUAGACAAUAUGACAACUGUUCUGUUGUCCAGAGAGACAUUAUGUCAGGUCCUAAAGCUUCAUAUGUCUGACCUCCCUCUCUUGGCCUGUAUGUUGGGUAAUGACAUAGUGUCUGAACAGCAAAUGCAACGUCUCCGCAACAGUGCUUUGGCAUUAUAUCGCAAGAAACACGGGCAAGUUCAAGGAGACAAAGUCUUUGCUGUCGCAGAUUUCAUCAAUGUUCAUCGACCUCGCAGCGAGGGAACGUUUGGUGUUUCCUCACUGCCGUUAAUUGAAGCAGAGAAAGAGGCUUUAGAAAAAGGAAUCCACAUGUAUCUACUUCCUGGGCAAAUGUCCCCUUGGUUACAGUGCCGCCGUCCCUCUCCAGAGUCAGUGUGUUUGAUGGCCAAGUACGUUCCUCAUGACAUAUUACAGGCAGCGAAAGAGAAGCACAAACGCGCAGAGUGUUUUAUGAUCUAUAAUGUGCUGUAUGAUGGAGUCGUGGAUUGCAGUAACACAUUAGAGGAUGAGGAUGAGUUUGAGUUACCACCGCAGGCCAUCUUAUAUCUGCCCGUCCGAGAGCGCAUCUAUGGCCUUUUCCUGCCAAUACAGUCAGGAAAUCCACUUAAGGAGCCAAACAGAGUCACUCCAAAACCCCUCAACCAUCCAAAAGAGCCCCCUGAUCUAAUGGCUCUGUGGUUUCGGACGUACCCAGAGGUGAAAAGAAACCAAGUAUCAACACUCCUGGGUGUCUUUGACCUGUACGAUUUAACUGAAGAGCUGCAGCAGUUUGACAGCCCUUUGAUUGCCGUGUUUUGUCUUGUAACCUACAUCGCCAUUCAGACGAGACGCCUUUCUCUGGAAGACAUAGAUGCUUAUCUGUGCCAAGCUGUUUGUGUCAGAUUCAAAUCCUUCACACAACUGCAACAGCUCAGGACCCCUGUUGUAGACCCUAGGGCUGUUCAGCUCGGCUCGCUCUUUGUGCGGGGUCUGACCUACCUCAAUGCUGCCAACAGUGCUUGUGGAUUCCCUUUUCCAGUGGGUGAGCUCAUGCCAUGGAGGACCUUUGAUGGCUUGCUUUUCCAUUCCAAAUAUCUGAAAGCCCACUCGGGUUGUCCAAGUGAGGAGCUUCUAGAGGGCAAUCCCUCCUGGACAUCUUUGUACCUGUCCGUCAGAGAGCUGGUGCUGGGAGCCUGCAGGAGGCGCGGUGUCUCUGUCCACAGCCAACCACGCAGACUGCAGUACAGUGAGGAGAGGCCUGUGGAUGUUGAUGAUCUGAAUCGAGAAAGACGACCCCAGCUCCAUCAUACUGGACGCCAGGAGUUCAGCCAGCUGCACAGAGGUCCUGUUCACUACCAGCAAGGUUACAGACCAAGACCGAGACCAAGAGAGAGAGGGAGGUAUCACCUAGCACCCAGAUGGCCUCAUUCUCAAAGCUAAAGAUCGGCUUUUCACUGUCUGACUGAUUAAAAUGCUUUGCCUUGCACUCAGGUGUGAUUGGCCAAAUUCAUGAACACCUUUAUUUACAUCCUGCUCCUUUGUUUUGUCUAUAGCUAUUUACUGAUGGAAGUCUCUGCGGUAUCAAUUAAUAUUCACACUAAAACAUGAGCUAUCUUAAACAAUGUUAACAGUUAAACUGUCCAUUUAUGUGCAAUUUUAUAACCCUCCCGUUGCCUCUUCAGUGAUAUCCUGAAAUGGCCUUAAAAUUAUGUCUUACAGUGAGAUUACAGUCACUUUUUUCCCCCCAUGUGGAUGAUAUGAAUCAGUGACCAAAAAGGAAGCUUCCCAAUGUAUGCGCCAAACCCAUAUAUGAUGAAUAUUCAGCACAGACCCUAAUUAGACUCCGAUGAUCUCGUACCUUUCAACUGCUGGUUUGGCAUUGACUCCAAUUGUACACAACUCCAAUGAUUAUUUGUCUGCCUCCCUCAACACACUUUGAUGUGGCGAAUUUUCAGUCAGCUGUACUACAGAAAAUUGUUAAUGAUAAUCUAUGUAAUGGCAUCAGGAAUUGAUAUUAUUGAGAACCAUUGAGAUUGUGGUUUUAGGAUAUUGUGGUGAAAAUGUUCACGUAUUGUACUGAUAUUCAGUUUAAUGCCUAUCACAAGUUUUAACAUUGCAUAAUAACUUGUGUGUUUAUUCAGGCAGUAUUUCAUGAAAGCAUUACAAAAUGGUUGAUACCUCUAUUCAGGCACAAUUAAAAGAUAUAAAUAAAUAAAAAUCGUUUUUUCAUUAUCA